CUGUAAUUGACACUUUCUUCAGCGAGUUUGACGGGCAUUCCCUCGCUCCACUGAUUAGCGCUCUGAUUGGCAAACGAGCCCAGUUCUAACCUGCGAUGAUCAGGAUCCGUUCAAUGUGCGCUCAGAAACGGCUAAAGACCUGGGUGUGUCACGGUGAGCAAUUCGCGGCAGUCAUGUCAGGCGCACGUCCCGAGAGCUUGCUACCCCUCAAAAACUCCAUAUCAAACUGGCAAACCAACCCAAGUCUCACCAGACUAUUGUCAACCAUUACAAACACUUCCCAUCGGGGUGCUAUACUUCUUCGUCCGUACGUCUCCUCCUCCUCUUUAAACGAGAUCAUCCCGUUUCUCUUUCGUCGCUCAAUCGUCCAGCGAUCAUCACCUUCAUAUCACGACUGAGACGUGUUCGUUCCCCACGAUGAACAUCGGCCGAAAGUCGAACAACGAGCUCUUGUUCAUCAACUUCAACCAGGAUUUCAGUUGUGUGUCGGUUGGUACCCGUCAUGGGUACAGAAUCUAUAACUGUGAUCCGAUAGGAAAAUGCUAUGGGCAAACUCAGGGUGGAAUAGGGAUCGUAGAAAUGUUGUUUUGCACCAGUCUAGUAGCGCUGGUGGGCGCAGGGGAGCAACCGGCGUUCUCCCCUCGUCGUUUGCACAUCACAAACACUAAGCGACAAUCAACGAUAUGCGAGCUGACAUUCGUCACCGCAAUACUGGCCGUCAAGCUGAACCGGAAACGUCUGGUGGUUAUUCUGGAAGAGCACAUCUACAUAUACGACAUCAGCAAUAUGAGGUUGCUUAGGACGAUAGAUACCAGCCCGAAUCCCAAUGCUCUCUGCGCCUUGUCGCCAUCAUCUGAUAACUGCUAUCUCGCAUACCCACCAAACGCAUCGGGAGCAGCCGGCGAGCUUCUGCUAUUCGACGCCAUAAAUCUGCAAGCCAUUCAUAUCUUGCAAGCUCAUAAAAGUCCUCUGAGCUGCAUUGCCUUCAACUACGAUGGAACAAUGGUGGCAACGGCCAGCGAUAAGGGAACAAUAAUCCGAGUCUUUUCGGUGCCGACAGGAGACAAAGUCUUCCAAUUUCGUCGCGGGACCUACCCUGCCCGUAUCUACUCGAUAUCGUUCAACCUCGAAGCGACUCUGCUAUGUGUGUCAAGUGCGACGGAUACGGUGCAUGUGUUCAAACUGAUCACGGAGCAAGAACAGGCGGCCGCUGCCGAGGCAAAACAACGAAGAAGCAGUGGGUCGGGUUCGGGUUCGAGGAAGAAUAGCGUUAUUAAUUCAUUCACAGUCACUGACAAAUCUUCUGAUUGCAGAAAAUCCCCCUUAGUCAGUGCCGCCGGCUCAGUCGGCUCCUACUUCCUCCCCGACAUGCUGACCGAAAUGUGGGAACCAUCACGCGACUUCUGUUUCGCCAAACUUCCCUCAGGCAGCAAAGGGUCGCCCAACAUCUGCGCCAUCAGCAGCUUAACGCCUGCGACCCUGGCGGUGGUGACCGCCGAGGGGUGGUUUUACCAGUAUGCGGUGGACCUGGAGAACGGCGGCGAGUGUAAUCUGGUGAAGGAGUUUCCGAUUUUAGAGAAUGAGGCGGGGCAAGCUGGGCCUGCGAAUACCGAGGGAAGUGCAUAG